GGAGGAGCAGGAAGUGGCGGUGCGAGGGUUGCUGCACAGCUAGCAGAGCCGCGGUCCGGACGGCAGCGCGUGCCCCGAGCUCUCCGCCUCCCCCCGCCCGCCAGCCGGAGCCCAGCCCGCGGCCCCAGCAGCAGCGCCGAGAGCAGCCCCAGCAGCAGCGCCAUGUCGACGGUCGGGUGGGACGCCUACAUCGGCAACCUCAUGGCGGACGGGACCUGUCAGGACGCGGCCAUCGUGGGCUAUAAGGACACGCCCUCCGUCUGGGCCUCCGUCCCCGGGAAAGCCUUCGCCAACAUCACGCCAGCUGAAAUUGGUGUCCUGGUUGGCAAAGACCGGGGAAGUCUGUGCGUGAAUGGGCUGACAAUCGGGGGCCAGAAAUGUUCUGUGAUCCGGGACUCGCUGCUGCAGGACGGGGACCAUAGCAUGGAUCUUCGUACCAAGAGCACUGGGGGAGCCCCCACCUUCAACAUCUCCGUCGCCAUGACUGCCAAGGCGCUAAUCCUGCUGAUGGGCAAAGAAGGUACCCACGGUGGUGUGAUCAACAAGAAAUGUUAUGAAAUGGCCAGCCACCUGCGGCGUUCCCAGUACUGACCUCGUCUUUCCCUUCCCCCUACCACUCCCCACUGCUUUGGCACUCUCCUUCCCAUACACACACAUAUACCAUUUUUAUUUUUUGGGCCAUUACCCUAUACCCCUUAUUGCUGCCAAAACCACAUGGGCUGGGGGCCAGGGCUGGGCGGAAGACACCUCCCCCUACCCAUACCCCUCCCGUGUGUGGUUGGAAAAAAAUUUUUGUUUUUUUCUGAAUAAAAAAGAUUCUAACAAGG